AUGAAGCUGAUCUCAGAGCAGAGCAGACACACCGACAGAAAGAUCCUCAAACCGCAAGUGGAGAAGCGGCGCAGAGAGAGGAUGAACCGAAGCCUGGACAACCUGAAGACCCUGCUGAUGCUGCAGGAGCAGAGUCAGCGUAGAGUGGAGAAAGCUGAGAUCCUGGAGCAGACUGUGGCCUUCCUGCACAACCACCACAAACGCUCCUUCCACGACGGCUUCUCCUCCUGCCUGCAGAUGGCAACUCGCUUCCUGGGACCUGACAGGAAGGAUGUGGGACUGGGAGCAGCUCUGGACGCUUCUCUUGCCGCCAGGCUCGCUCAGCCAGACUCUGCAGAUCUCCAGAGGGGACGUGACGCUGCGUCCUCCAGCGCUCUGCCUCACACCAAGACCAUUCUCCAGCUCCUGAAGUCCAGAUGCAACUCAGGUGUGAGCAAUUCUUCAGCUGGAAGCCCAGCUCCACCUCAGAGACAUCAGCUGCAGACCAGUCCACAGAGCAAGCAGAGUCCCUCCCAGAGCCACACCUUGUGGAGACCCUGGCCCUGAACGCCUCACCAAAAACUUUAAAGACUGACACCGAGUCCAGCCUUCUCAGACUUGUCAUUAUCAGUGUAUAGCGAUGCUGAGUCAGCAGGGUGGUGGUCCACAGCUGGUCUCCCUCUCAGAGGUGAGUAUCAUGGAGCCGCAGAGCUGGAGAAGAUCUUGCUCCUGACUCACAAUCGGCCGACAUUUCCAGGUGUCUGUGAGGACCACCUCAUGUCCAGCCCGGACCAGCUGUGACCUGACUCUU